AUGGGGGAUUUCAUAAGGUCAGCCUUUGGUUAUUUCGGAGGGCCAAGUCAAAGUGUCAAGGAAAAUGAGUUGGUGGGCCAACUAGUUGAUGUCGGGAAAACACAAUUCCGAAUCCGUCGAGUUAUCGCUGAGGGUGGUUUCGCCGUGGUGUUCGAGGGAUAUGAACAUUCCAAGGGGAAAUCCUUUGCUAUAAAGCGGCUUCUUGCACAAGAUAAAGAAAUGUGUGAUGCUGUAAUGCGCGAAGUCGACAUUAUCAAGCGAUUGUCUGGGCAUCCAAACAUAAUCGGCUUUUUUGGAGCUGCCUGCGUUGGGAAGGAAAAAUCUAGACACGUAGGGACUGAGUUCCUAAUUGUCACGGAAUUGUGCUCAGGAGGAGCUCUCGCCGACUUUCUUCCUACACCUCAUCAACAAAAGCCUCUGCCCUUGAACAUUGUUCUUCAAAUUCUCGCACAAACUAGUCGAGCCGUGCAGCACAUGCACAAGCAGUCACCUCCAAUAAUCCAUCGGGACCUAAAGGUCGAAAAUCUCCUGCUUUCAGAAAAAUUCACCAUUAAGUUGUGUGAUUUUGGUAGCGCCUCGACAGAAACAUAUGCUCCUACUUUACUUUGGUCUGCCACAGAACGUGGACGAACUCAGGAGGCCCUGGAAAAAGUGACAACACCCAUGUACAGAUCGCCAGAAAUGUUGGAUCUUUAUCUCAACUAUCCCAUCAACGAAGCCGUGGAUAUUUGGGCCCUCGGUUGCAUAAUCUUCUACCUCGUCUGUGGUUACCACCCCUUUGAGGACUCCGCCAAAUUGGCCAUUCUGAACGCCAAUUUCAAUCUUCCCCCUUGCGAUCCCGAUUUCGAGACCUUUCAUAAUUUAAUUCACGCGUCUGCUUCCCAAUCCACCCGACCUGCCCAACCUCCGCCGUCGUCAACGACUUCCAACUCCUCUCAAGCUCCACCCCAGAGCCGGGCUGCUCCUCCGGCCAGGCCGACCGCCCCACCGCACCUGCAUCCCCCCAGUGCCCACAACCACAGACGCUGCCACGCCGCGUCGGGUGGAUCGUCCUCGCUGGAGGAUUCUGGUGACCAGCCACCUGUCGACAAGGCGUCCGGUGGAGUCCUCGGCUUUCUCAAGGGCAGCGCCGGGCAUUUGAUCAAAAACAUCCGUGAAACCUCGGUCAGGGUUAUGGAAGCUGUCACUGCUGCAAUCCCGACCGAUCUGGACCUACAAUACAUAACUUCGAGAAUCGCAGUAAUGUCGUAUCCGGCCGAAAGUGGCUUAGAGGUCUUCGGGAGCCGAAAUUCGAUGGAGGAGGCGCAGUCCUACCUCGAUCGACACCACCCCGGCAGUUACGCUGUCUACAAUUUGAGCCCCCGCUCGUAUCGGUCGAGCCACUGGUUUGGCGGCCGCGUCUCCUUCCGCCCCUUCGAGGCCCAUCGCGCGCCCACCCUCUGGUCCCUGGUCGAGUUGUGCCAGAACGCGCGACUCUGGCUCUCCCAGAAGCCCAACAAUGUCUGUGUUGUCCACUGCACUGACGGACGCCAGUUGUCCGCUGUUCUCGUCUGCUGUCUGCUCUGCUUCUGUCGAGUCUUCUCCGAGGCGUCCUCGGCGGUCAAGUUUUUCAUUUCAAAACGCGGACCUGUUCAUCUCACGCCCGCGCAAAUGCGUUACAUCGACUACGUGGCAAAAUUGGUAGCGGUACCUCCACACCUUCCGCACAACCACCCCAUUGGUCUGCUCAGCAUUAUACUCAGUCCUAUUCCCACCUUCAAUCGUCUCAAGAAUGGCUGCCGCCCCUUUGUCGAAAUUUACCAAGGUGGCAAGAAGGUUUUCUCGUCAAUGACUGAUUAUGAGUCCCUGCGAACUUACGAGCUAGAGGAUCGGAAGAUGGAGAUUAUCCUCAAUGGUUUAUCCGUGUACGGAGACGUUACGAUCGCCGUCUAUCACGCUCGGUCCUUCUUUGCCGGAAAAGGAAAGGCCUCGUCUGUCAAAAUUUGUCAAAUUCAGUUCCACACUGGCUUCAUCGGCCAGGAGGUUGAAAAGGUUUCCUUCAUGAAGUGUGAGCUGGACCACCUGCACAGCGCGGGCCCGAGUGGCGCCAACGCGCCUCAGGCCACCGCUGCGCCACCCACCAGUCGGUACGCCGAGAGUUUCCACGCCACCCUCCACCUCACGGUUUCGCCCAACGAGCGUCCGCGAGGCGCCUCCUCCCUGGUGUUCCCCUGGGAGACCCUGCCCUCCGAGGGCGCUCGCAAGCCCAUGCUGUGCUUCUCCGACGCCUUCGAGAUGCGCGGUGUCAUGUCUCCAGCCGCUCUGAGAAACGCCGGCUAUUCGGAAUCCGGACACCCUUUGCGUGCGGCCGGAAGCCCCGAUCGCACUGGCCAAAGUCCUCAACCCCCCAGCCCGGAAUCAGUCGCGAACAGUCAUCAAGAGGUGUCAGAGGAGGAGGAGGAAGGUGAACGCCCUCCCUCUCUCGAUCCCUCAGCGCCUACAGCCACUCUGAUUGAGGGGCUGGACUGGAAUCAGGCCCCCAAGACUCACAUUGAUCCAGAGUUCCCGUCGUCUCCAGCCGCAGUACCGCAAAAUGCCUCGACCACUUUGCCUGCGAACGGCGACUCGAGUGUGGGUGACCUCCUGGGUUUCGCAUCAGCAACCACUGCUCCAGGAUGCUCAACGGUCGCAUCGGAAGAAGCCGGUUCUGUUAAUCCCACAGCACCCCUUCUGGAGGACAUAUUCGAGAGCGCAGUGCCGUCUACGGGUGUAGAGCCUGCCUCUUGGCACGACCCCUGGGGUGGGUCGGCCAAUCUCAACCCCUUCGACCCCCUCGGAACGGCCACUGAGCCCCCAGAAAACGGCUCAGCAGUCUCGGCGGAAUUCGAUCCCUUCCUCGGCAGGACAGCUCCGAUGCACUUCUCAAAGCACACGAGCAGCAGCACCUCCAACCUCUCCUCGGCCUGUCGCGGUGCCGCCGGCACUCCCUCCGUGCAUACGUCGGCCUCGUCCUCGAAUCUAACGCAGAACAGCAAUCCGUUCCAGGUUUUCGAUGAGUUCUUCGAGGCUGCUGCGGCAAGUGCGAAAGCUGGCUCAUCCACCACCAGCCCGACCCACCAGCCCUCGUCUACAAACGCCACUCCAUCCAACUUUGGUUUCGCUUACUCCCCGAACACUGCGCCGCGUCGGCCGGCCUUCGGCUCGCAGGCGCAGGCGUCAACGCCAACCCACGGUAGCAACUCGUGCGCAUCUCCCAGGCACAGUCAACCACCACAGUCACAGCCCCCACCGCCGCCACCGCCUCCCCCUUCUGCCUCCCAGGGCGCACGCCCCUGGCUGAACGAGGACGCAUUCGAGGAUCUGCUCGGCGACUUCGGCGCACCGGGACAGAGCUUUGGCAGCAAACAGAACCGAACGCCGAGGACGCUGGCCGAAAUACGACAUCAAAAGUUGGCCGAAACCGAGGACCCAGAAGCCAUGAAGAUCGUUGCCGUCCCGCGGGGCCUCGAGAAUGAGUUUAUGCUUUCGUCAGGAGUUCUUCGUGCUGCAACGAUGCGACUCCAUGGACGUGCUAGUGUGCUAUGGACAGUGAUUACAGUGAUUGAAAAGCGCUGGACACCAUGUGCGCUUGAAGGUGGUGUCGCAGAGUCGACCAGCUCAAUCGUGAUUAUCCAAUGGUUGGAUGGAAAAGAACGGAACGUAAGGGCUCUUCUGUGCACCCUAAAUUCGGUCCUCUGGGAGGGCGUUCGCUGGGAACAAAUAUCCAUGGCUGACGUGAUGACUGUGAAACAAGUGAAACAGCAAUAUCGAAAGGCCGCCCGUGCUGUCCAUCCCGACAAGUGGAUGAACACACAAUACGUGAAUAUGGCUAAGCUAAUUCUCGUCGAGCUCAAUGACGCGAUGGCUGAAUUCGAGCGCCAGGAGCACUAUAUCGAUGUUGUGAUUGGCCCCUCUUCUUUGGCGCACAAAACGAUGAAACCGUCUUUCCAGUUCCCCACGCAUUCCGCUCCCCUCUCCAUCUACCCCCGCGGCAUCGUCCUUCCUGUGAAAAUGUGUAACUAUGAUGUACAUGCACUACUCUUGACCCCGAAUCAUGUUAUUUACUAG